GAUUGUGAUCGGGGCGAUCAUAGAGAACACUCCUGCAGAACGCGACGGACGACUUCGACCCGGGGACGAGCUCAUCUCUGUGGAUAAGAUGGUGGUUGCUGGGAAACCACACAGAUACGUGAUCGACCUGAUGCACGCCGCCGCUCGCAAUGGCCAGGUCAGCCUGGCGGUCCGGAGGAGAGUCCACUUCCCCAGAGUGAAUGGCCGUAGCCCUGGCUCCGUGUCCACGCAGCACAGCUCCCCGCACAGCGACGACGCCUCAGCUUCCUGUCCCGUCACCCCCGACAACGUCCCGCCGCCCUCCGUCACCUCCCCCCUGGAGGGUGCCGUCCCCCUGCAAACCAAUGAUGUCAUCAUCCACCGCAAAGAGAACGAAGGCUUUGGCUUCGUUAUCAUCAGCUCGUUGAACCGACCGGAGAACGCUGCCAUCAUCA